GAUAAUAUGAUAUUUGUGUGUCUGGGGCCUGAGGGUGUGUGUGUCUGAAUUUCACUGAGCAAGAAAUGGAUUGAUUUCAAAUGUGCUAUUACUGAUAUUCUGCAAUUCGGAACACGGGAACAUUGUUAAUGUCUUACCCGACAACCUGCGGUUAUACUACUAGCCCUUAUCGGAAAUUGAAAACGCAGGUAGAGAACUUCUCUGCCAACAGACUUUGCUUAUAUUUCAACCAUGGUCGGGUACCAUCAGAGCCUCAAAUAUGAAUAAACGGAUUUUGAAAACAUUUCUUCUCUUCAUCUUACUGAAUGCGCUUCCCAAUGUAAUUAGCGGAGGUUGGUUCUGCAACAACCCCUCACCACCUGUUUGCGCCGAUGACUGCGAUGGGAAUGGAUACUAUAUCAGUCCAGAUGGAACUGCGUGCAUUCAAUGUCCACAAUGUUCGGCUGGAAAGGAACUUAACAAGGAUUGUGGAAAUGGUUUGAACGGAGAUGCAGUAUGCAUACCUUGUCCAGAAGGAUUCUUUUCAUUAUCCACGUCACAGCGUUGCACUCAAUGCACCACAUGCACCAAUACCGUUGAGCAGGAAACAUGUCAACUCACACAAAACAGAGUGUGUGGGGAUUGCUUGCCAGGCUUUGUCCGAACGCCUGACCGAUUCUCGACCGACUUUAACGCCUGUCCAAACAGAUGUUCAGACCUUCCCCGUGAUACGCCACAGUGCAGGGAUUGGUGGAGUAAUCAAGCGAGAGAACUGACGGAGGUAGACCAACCCCCGGAUACUGCAGCUGUUGAAAGGCAUAUUGAAGAGGUGCAUCUGGAUGAUCUUGAUCCAUGUGAACCUAAAACCCCUCUAUGCAUUGACCCCUGUCACGAUGGAAACUUCUUCUUGGACUAUGAUGGACUUUGCAAGGCGUGUCUGUCAUGCCAGCCUGGAGAAGAACUCAAUAAGGUUUGCGGUCGAGGGAAGAACGGUGAUGCAUAUUGUCGGCGGUGUCCCGAAGGAACUUUUUCAGAGGAUGGAAUAAAGCGAUGCUCCCCUUGUCGUAUUUGCGUGAAUACUUUGGCGACCGAGUGCACUGCUUCAAGAAACACCGUGUGUGGAGAGUGCCUUCCAGGAUAUUACCAAGAUGCAGAUGGAUACUUCCCGGACCAGGGAGCCUGCCCGAACAAGUGCCCCGAGUGUCCGAACACCGUUUCACAGUGCCAAGAGUGGUGCAAAUCGAGGACAAUGUCGGACCAGGUUACCGUAGAUCCUGCAGAGACCCACGGCCAAGAUGCCAUCACCCCAGCGGCCGUAGCUGCGGACAUCUUCCAGUCUGUUGCUGACAAUGAAGUCAAUGAUGAGGCUAAACUUCCUCCAGCUAGCCAUGGAUCAUACAUGGUCAUCUUCACAGUCCUCGCUUCCGUUCUAGCUGUCGUCGUCAUCGUCCUUGCUACCUUCCUUUUCUUGUUCCGUUGCCUUUGGAACAGAACCGAUGGAUCGCCUGAUACACCUGAAACACCGCUCCUACCAGGUAUUGCCGAUGAUCUUCUCGUCAAGCUGGCUGAAGACAUUGAGACGAGUGAGCAGAUGGAGGCCUUAGGACGAGUACUUGGAGUUAAGGUGGCAGCUAUCAAUAGAUACACUGACACCAACAACAUAGGUGGCCGGGUCACUUGCAAGGGAACACGGGACAUGCUGUUUGACUGGAGACAGACCGUGGAACCUUGCAACCAGCAUCAAAGACUGAAACAAGCACUCCAUGAUACUGGGCUGGUAUCGCUUGCUGAAACACAUUUCAAGGGGACACGUAGUAUUCCAGUUGUUUACAAGCCUACAACGUAUCUGUCCUCCCCGGAAGGAGGCGACUGGGAAUUCAUGAGACAUCUGAGAACGGCCUAUCCGCGUCUAACCAGUUCAAGACCCAUUAGUGGAGGUUCAACUGAUGUUGAGAAUGAGUCAUCUGCGGUUUCUACUCCAACAUUCAACCUCAAUAGACGACUGGCCAAUAAAAACCUGCUGAGACAAACGCUGGAGAGACAAGUUGGUCAUGAUGAUUCCUUUCGAUCAACCCCACCGCAACCUGAUAGCGUUAAAGGAGAGCGAAUGGUCAAUUCAGCUAGUAGUAUGAACCAUGUUGGACCAUUUUAUGGAAUAGAGACAUUUCCAACACAAUCAGCGGCUGUAAGACAAUGUGAUCGAGACCCAAGACCAAUUGAAAGGUUUGGUUUCUGGGAAGAUAGGUCCAGGCCUCAUUCGUCAUCAUCGGGAAAGGUAGUCACUGAGAGAGCGUCUGGAACUGUCCACCCACAUGCAGAGGAUACGGAUGAGGCUCCUAGAACGAGGGUCCGCCGUCGCUCUAUCAUGGAUGAAAAUCUCUUGCCACUUCUCAACGCAAAUUGUAAAAGUACGACCUUUAAGAAUCUAACCGGUUCAAGACCCGUUAGUGGAGGCUCAACUGAUGCAGAGAAUGAGUCAUCUGCGGUUUCUACACCAACAAUGAACCUAGGCAGACGGCUGGCCGAUAGAGACCUGCUGAGACAUAUGAUGGUGAGACAAGUUGGUGUUGAUCAUGAUGAUUCCCCUCGAUUAACCACACCGAAACCACCUAAACACCAUGAUACCGUUACAGAAGAGCGAAUGGUCAAUUCAGCUGGUAGUAUGAACCAAUCUGUGGCUGCAAGACAGUAUGAUCGAGACAUUGAAGAUAGUUCCAGGCCUCGUGCACCAUCGUCGGGAAAGGUCGUCACCGAGAGAGCGUCUGGAACUGUCCACCCACAUGUAGAGGAUACGGAUGAGGCUCCUAGAACGAGGGUCCGCCGUCGCUCUAUCAUGGAUGAAAAUCUCUUGCAACUUCCCAACGCUAACAGGAGGAGCAGUCUUUCAGAUCUGCUCCUACUUUCAGGCAACAAUCGGCAGAAUAAGUUAUGGAAUGGACGCAAUGGCAACACUGCACCAGUUCAGGAGGCUGAAGCUACACUGUUUCCUACUGAUUCUUCAAGUGCCAACGGACCAACUGUCGAUGAUCCAGUAGAUACCAACAACACUAAGUCUGCAAACCCGAAGCAGCCAAGUCAAUCUCUGGAACCAAACGCUUCUUCACACAAAACCCCAACUGCUGCAGCUGGGACCGUUUUACCAAAGGGUAUUCCUAUCGAGAACUCCACUCACGAGAAGCCCGCCGCCAUUCCGGAUGACCAGGGAAGCAUUGGCAAUAAGUCACCCCGUGACACAAAUGUCACUAUCAACAUCACCAUGAACAAAAAAGAAGUUGAGACUGUUCAUAUUGGUGAUGUACACAAUAAACGCAACUUCCGUGACGGUCCUUACCAGGGCAUCAGGGCAUCGGAACCAAACAACAACGACGACAACGGUGAAGCUCAAAAAUUACUCAACGUAAACAUGUCCGCUUCUGAAACUGACACCGUCCGCGUUGGCGAUGAGGGCAACACACUGACCCGUGGUCACGUUGGCAGCAGUGACGAUGAUGAAUACGAUGAUGACCAUGAUGGUGAUGAAGACAAAUUACUUGACCCCAAGUCAUCAUUGGUAUUCGAAACCCAGAAUAAUUCAAAUUAUGUAUGGUAAAUUGUAUUCCCAACUCUUAAAACCGCUGUUAACUUAACAUAUGGACUAUUUUUUUAGGGUAACAAAUACAAAUUGAACAGGAGAACAUAUCUAACUCAUCAAAAUCUUCAAAUCUGUGACAAUAUUCUAAUGAUUGCAUUUUAAAGGAUUAGAUUGAAGCACAUUUUCUUGUAAUCAUAAUGAGAAAAUGAAAAAAAAUUAGGCUGCACAUUGUUGUGCAAGCUAAACUCUUUUGAUAAUUACUAAAUGUACAUUCACCAGUACGUUCGCGAUGCCUUAUUCAUUGGUGCUGGUAGGGGAAAAGGCAUAUAUCGUUCAAAGAAAGUACAUUUACAUAAUGUUUAAAUGAUAUAUUUUGUAUUUGUAUGAUAUAUUUUGUAAAAAACACUGUCAUGUACGUAAUUGUAUCAAUCAUCAUUUAAGAGUAAUUUAUGGACACUCCUAUAUUUUAAUUUCAUCUUGCUUACUUCUUUUGAUUACAGUCUUACAAACAAAUGUUAGAAUCACUUGCUGGAGUUUGUGUGUUUGCGAAAGUAACUUGUCCAAGUUUCCGUGACGUUAGAAGGUUGUCGACUUUCUUGAUUUUGCAGAUUUAUUCAUGUUUCACUGGACGUAACCAGUUAUUAAAGUUAACUUAGGAGUUACUUCAUCAACAUGGUAGAGGCUUAGUAGAUGCUGCUUGUAUAUAUUUUGUUUAUUCGGUGUAUAUUUUGUAAUGGUUUUAGUUAGAAGUACACUUCUGCAUACUAUUUGUUUUAUUAAUUUACAAAUAUUUUCUUUAAAAGUUAUGCUAUUAUCAACAACUUUUAAAGUGCAGAACUCUGACGUAGUUAUUAGGUGUGAUAAGGAAGUCUUAUCAUUUUAAUAUGAAUGACAUUCUAGCAUGGCCAACAAACAGUAAGAUUGAUAAUGUUUGUGAAAGCAAAAAUCGAUUAAAAUCCAAGAUGUAAUAAUCAGUUAUUGAAUUCAAAAAGUUCAUAUCGUGAGGAGAAUUCAAUUAGAAUCUUAUUUCUAUGGGACAGUUUCAGCCUAAGAGACCGAUAACCCACGAGACCGAAUGUGUCAGUCCAUGGGCCUUUUAGCCACUCUUCACAGGGUUCGAUCAUGGACCUACUAAUGGUUCGAUCGACCGAUGACCCACAAGACCGAUAUUUGCUAUCUAUCGUACCUUAUGUCUUUCAUCGUUUUGUCGGUCUUGUAGACCGUUGGGAACUUUCGACUUUUCUAAAUGUCAUUAUGUAUUUGUCGAUCUGUCGGCCUCGUUGGCUGUCAGACUACUGGGAUGACGUCGUUUUUAAAUUCCGACGAAAGUAUAGAUUAUCAUGGGUGUACAGCAUUUGAUUUUAAAUGCAAAAGUUACUCAGAAAAAAACAAUUUCUUUUUUGUUUUGAUAGUAUAGAGGUGAAGGUGUUCACGUCAAUUUCAUCAUUUUAUACGCCAAGUACUAACACAAAUCAAAUACACCAAAUAUUGAAAAAGAUUAGCUCAUUAAUCAAUUAUUUGUUUUAAGUACAUGUUGUAUAUGUUUAUUGGUUUUUAGAACGUUACUUCUGUGUUAAAAACAAUCUGUUCUUAUCAUUUCAUGAUAAAUGGACAAAGGAAACAUUCUUUCUG